AUGAAUAGUAUCUGUACGGUUGCAAGUCGUUGUAAUGUUAAAUUGUACAUUACAAGCUCUUAUCGAAAACCUGGUUCGACUGUGUUUGGUGCAAUUGUCCAACCCGCAACAUUAAGUAAUCAUAAUGUUGGACACGCCAUCGAUAUGAGUGUCGUUUAUGGAAAGGAUGGAACAAUAUGCAAUAGUGCUUGUCUAGGAGGAACAAAUUUAUCAGCUGACGUUAAAUGUUUCAUCGAUGGAGUCAAACAAAAUGGACUUCGAUGGGGAGGUAAUUUUAGUACAAAAGAUCCAGUUCACAUUGACGAUAUAUUAAAUCUAAAUGAUUUAGCUCGAUACAAGAGUUUGUAUACAACUAUACAACAACAAUGCUAA